AUGAAAUCUCAACCUUUAAAUAAUCGACAAGAUCCAUGGAAAAACUAUGGAUCUACGCCAUUAGUUAUUGAUAGUGCUGAGGUAGAUGAUUUACAAGAUCAUAGAGAUCGUAAAGGAUCAAAUUGGUCUGCUUAUAUCAAUAUCGUAUGUGUUGUUGCCGGAUCAGGAACUCUUGGUAUUCCAUAUGCUAUACAACAAGGAGGAUGGAUAACCAUAUUAUUAUUAAUUCUUUCAGCAACAAUGAAUAUCUAUGCAAACAUCAAAUUAAUUGAAUGUUUAUAUAACAAUAAUGAAAUCCGCCGUAUUUCAAUUUCACAAGUAUCUUAUGAUGCAUAUGGAAAGAUUGGGUUGGGUUUUGUUUCUUUCUUCUUUAAUGCAUUAAGCAUAGGAUGUCCGAUACUUUAUUUAAUAUUAUCGGGUGAAAAUUUUCAGAUAUUAUUCAAGGAUAAUUUGGGUAUAGAUUUGGGAAUGGAAACUUGGGUUGUUAUCUGUGGAAGUUUCAUGUGCAUUCCUUUUGUGUUACUUAAAUCCAUGAAAGAAACCUCAUGUAUUUUUGGAGCUUUAACAACGGGGAUGGUCGUGUUUGUGGUAUUUUUUACUUCACUUGCGGAUUUACCAAAUAAUCGAGAUAAAGAACAUCAAUUAAUUAAUCUUGAGAAUAUACCAAUAGCUUUGGCAACAGUAUUUUUUAGUUACGGUGGAAAUAUCGUAUAUCCUCACAUUGAAGCAAGUAUGGAACAUCCAAAAGAGUGGCCAAAAGUUUUUAGCCUCGCUACCGCAACAAUAACAAUUCUUUAUCUUUUAAUUGGAGUUUCAGCAUAUUUAACAUAUGGAGAUUCAACGUUAUCGCCUAUUUAUAAAAGUCUUCCACCAGGUUUAGCAUUAUCAGCCACUAUUAUGAUGAUCUCAAUACAUAUUUUGCUAGCAUUACCAAUUUACCAAACAGCUUUUGCGCUUGAGAUUGAAGAUUAUAUAUCAAUUAAUAUUGCAACCUUGGGUAAAACUCGUGAAUUUAUUUAUAGAGCUAUAAUAAGAAUCAUUACGGUAUCUUUUACUAUUUAUGUAGCCAUUGCUGUACCUUAUUUUGCCAACGUCAUGGCUCUACUUGGUGCUCUUGGUAAUGGUGUAUUAUUAAUUGUUAUGCCAAUUUUGAUUUGGAUUAAAUUAUUCGGUUGGGAUUCCCUUAAUGGUUGGAAAGAAAAAUCUUGGGUAAUUUUUGUUUUAAUAUUUGCGAUUUUUGGUGCUAUAGUUGGUACCUUUGAAGCUGUCUCUGCCUUGUAUUCGGAUAUAAGCCAUAAAAAGUAA